CUACAACAUCCACACAACAACCUCUAAGGUUCCCAUCAUCACAACUUUCCAACCAACAACCCCCAAACUCCACACACAAAAUGUCUGCCGCUCCUGCUAGCUGGUCCCUCGAGGGCAAGGUCGCCGUUGUCACUGGCUCUGGCCGUGGUAUUGGAAAGGCGAUGGCCAUUGAGCUCGCCAAGCGCGGUGCUAAGGUCGCUGUUAACUACGCCAACACCGUCGAGGGCGCUGAGGCAGUCGUCAAGGAGAUCAAGGCUCUCGGUAACGGUGCUGAUGCUCAUGCCUUCAAGGCCAACGUUGGAAACGUCGAGGAGACCUCCAAGCUGAUGGACGAUGUUGUUGCACACUUCGGCCGUCUCGACAUCUGCUGCUCUAACUCCGGUGUGGUUUCUUUCGGUCACUUCGCUGAUGUUGAGCCUGAGGAGUUCGACCGCGUCUUCAACAUCAACACCCGUGGUCAGUUCUUCGUCGCCAAGGAGGCGUACAAGAGGAUGGAAGUCGGUGGCCGCAUCAUCCUUAUGGGUUCCAUCACCGGUCAGGCCAAAGGUGUGCCCAAGCACGCCAUCUACUCUGGCUCCAAGGGUGCCAUCGAGACAUUCACCAGGUGCAUGGCUAUCGAUGCCGGUGAGAAGAAGGUCACAGUCAACUGCGUUGCCCCCGGUGGCAUUAAGACCGACAUGUACCACGCUGUUUGCCGCGAAUACAUUCCCGGAGGCGACAAGCUCAGCGACGACCAGGUCGACGAGUACGCCUGCACAUGGUCUCCCCACAACCGUGUCGGUCAGCCCAUCGACAUUGCCCGCGUCGUCUGCUUCCUUGCCUCGCAGGAUGGUGACUGGGUCAACGGAAAGGUCAUCGGUAUCGACGGCGCUGCCUGCAUGUAAACGGUUGCUGUUGGACUUGAACUUUCUCCUUAGCCUUUUGUUACGAACCAUGGCCUGAUAUUGAAGCAUGAUUGGCGUUCUUCAUAGUAGAGGAAAUGGAAUAAUGGAAUGAUUGAACACUUAACCU